UAAUUUUACUUUUACAACACUUUUCAAUGUUAUUUUCACCACAGUCAUCAAUUCUGACACAAUCAGCUGUAGCAGCCAACAUCGCUUACUAAAUUUAUCUUGAUGGGAAUAUCAUUCUAAAAACGUAUAAAGAACAUUUUAAUAUCAUAACAAAAAGUUUAAGCAUUUAACAAGUGAAUAGAAAACAAUUCUUUAAAUAUAUAAACUAAUGUGUAGCACAUAUUGGUGACUAUUAGUGACAUUUGCGUAUAUGUAAGUAAAGCUCCAAAAAGCCAAUAGUUUGCCGUACCUACACAGCCCAAAAAGAUUGAGAAUGGAUUGGAGGCAGGCGGAGAUUUUCGACUUGAUAUCCAUGUACAGAGAGUCUGAGUGUCUAUGGAACUGUCUAAAUCGUGAAUAUAAAGACGUGGACUUGAAGAAAAAUGCAUGGAGGGAAAUCGCCAGAUUUUUCGGGAGAAAAGUGGAGGAUGUAAAGAAGAAAAUAAAAAAUUUGCGCACUAGUUACGUUAUAGAGAAAAAGAAAGUCGAAAGAAAGAAAACCGAAUCGGGAGAAACUAUGUAUGAGCCCCGUUUAUUCUACUAUGAUGAAAUGACCUUUUUGGACCCUGUCGUAAUUUUACGAUUUUUUAAUCCUACAGAACAAAAUGCAGAUCCUUUAAGUGAAAAGAAAAAACAGCGUUCUUCAAACGAAAGACAUAUGAUUGAAGAAAAGAAAAAGCGCAAACUAUUAAAUAAUUCUCAGACGGAGCGUUCAAUUUCGGAGCUUUCUCCUAUAAAAAGACUGCGUGAAAUAAGCGAUGCACAUUUAGAUAAUGAACUACAAGACGAAUCAGACGAGGAAGAGCAUCUAAGUAAGGCAGAUACUUUUUGUGCGAUGCUUUGCAGUGAACUUAAAUCACUUAGAUCGGAAGACAUAUAUGACAAUGUGACAUCUGAAAUUUUUACCAUCCUAAGGAAUGCGAAAAUGGCAGAACGUCAAAUCGUGUACCAACCCGAAGAGAUUACUAAAGUAGCUAGUAAAACGAUGUGAAGGCACGUUUGUUUAUGAAGGUGACUUUUUUAAGUCGAGCCUGCACCUGCCCACUAUUUGCAAAGUGUUUCAUACACUACCACAAAAAUAAAAUCUAAAUUAAUAUUAUAUUUGUCUUAUAUUAAAGAAACUAUAGUGUGUAAACACACAACUAACAACUAGCAAUCGUUAUAAAGUACAUAUGUAUAUAUACAAUUGAUCAGCGAUUUACACUUGUCCGCCUGUGCGAACUAGUUCUGCAGCUCUUGUUAUUGAUUCGAUAUUUUACAUGUCCUUUUUUUUCCAAGAAGCUAUUCAUCUGUCGGAAGCGCCGAUAUCGGACUACUAAGGAAUUUAGCUCCUUACAAACUGACUUCUCAAAAUAUUAGUUUUGUAUGAAAUUUUUUUUCUUGACAAGAUAUCUUCACGAAACUUGGCAUAGAUUAUUCUCCAAAGCAGCUCACAUUUUGUUCUUGUUCGUUUGAAUUAUUUCCUAAAUAAAAACUAACCUGGGAAUACC